AUGUUUGCUUCAAGGAGUGAUAUUCCCGAUGGCAAGUUUGUUUUACUUAGAACACAAAUAGGCGAGUUGAAGGAAUACAACUUAAUAACUGGACAGGAAGAGGCGACUUAUCUCUGUAGCGCAGACAGAGCAAUUUCCAUGUGCCAAUGUUCAAAAGACCGCGAACUUUUAUUGACGUCAUCUUCGUCUGCUUUGCCUCCCUGUGCUCUUUGGUCAUUUGGAGACGUUUUCGAAAUGAAACAUCCAUUUAGCGAAGACACCUGGGUAAAGUUUAGUAAUUUAUCAGAAGACAGAAUUAUUGGCACACACGACGCUACUGCGCAUAUUUACGACACUGCGACAGGUCAGCGGGUACUAACUCUGCACGAUUCCAACAACACUAACAACUACUCAAAGAACCUCGCCUCCUUCAAUCCCACGGACGACCUGGUACUGAACGACGGUGUAUUAUGGGAUGUCAAAGGCAAACGGGUUAUACACAAGUUUGACAAGUUUAACAACUUUGUCAGCGGCGUUUUUCAUCCCUCCGGGCUGGAGAUUAUCAUCAAUUCAGAGAUUUGGGAUCUUCGCUCUUUCCAUUUACUGGACACGUGUCCUUCACUAGAUCAAUGUCACGUGAUCUUCAAUAACAGUGGUGACGUCAUGUAUGGGGUAAAACAUCUUUCGGAUCCUUUGGAAAUACCGCUAGCUUCCAGGCUCCUUGGACCGUACGAGACCUCGUUCAGGACCUUUGACGCAACAGAUUAUCAACCAAUAGCUACAAUCGACGUUAAGAAGACAAUAUUUGAUUUGUGUACCGAUAUAACUGACAGCUUUGUAGCCGUUAUUGAGAAUCAGGCCAGCACCGACGAAAGCGUUUGCCGGGUGUACGAAGUCGGGCGGCUGCGUAGGGCUGAUGACGAGGACGAGCAGGAAUCCGACGAAGGUGGCGAGGAAGAUGACGAUGUCGAUGACGAUGAUGAUGAAAAUGAUGAUGAUGACGAUGACGAUGAUGAUGAUGACGACGAAAUUGAAAUCACGAUAUCUGGCGAUGAUGAUUCGGAUGAUGACAGUGAUAUUGCAAUUUUUUGAAGCGCGGCUUUUAAGUUUCCAUCUUUCAGUUGUUAAUUCAACUCAACAAUGAGCACGUCAUUCUGCUAUGUUUUUAUCUUUGAAAAAUGUACUUGUAUCACACAAUUUGGGAAUGAUAGUUUAAGCUUGGAGUUGAGCUUCUUGACGGCGGAGUUUUUUUUAUGUAAAAUGCUAUGUAGCAGAAAGUAGAAGUCAUCAUCGAAAAAAUUACACCCAUGUUACUGAUUAUCAAAUAAAUAGGAAGGAUGGAA